AUGAUCCAGCGGGCUGACGUCAACGAGCUUCUGGUGAAGAAUGGAGACUAUCUGCUUCGAAAGACCAACGCAGGGGAAAGUCGACUUGCUCUGAGUGUUAAAUGGGCUGAUCAAAUCCGUCACUUCGUUGUGCUUGAGCAGGAAAAGGACGUCUUCUUCGAAGAACAAGGUCAUCACGAACCGGAGGUGGAUGCCCUGGUCAAAUGGCAUGAGCGUAAAAAGAAGCCAAUAACUCAACAAUCUGGAGCCAUCAUAAAAAGAGCAAUUGCGAGGGAGGAAUGGGUUUUGACACACGAAUCGGUGACGCUCGGUGAACAAAUAGGCGCUGGACAGUUUGGAGAGGCUCGUCUUAUGCGACAACUUCGUCACGAGAACGUCGUGCGGAUGUUUGGGGUCGCUGUCUAUGAGCACCCAAUGAUGAUCGUCAUGGAACUGUGCACAGGUGGAAGCCUUCUUCAUCAGCUUCGUGCUCGUCAGACAUCACCCGAGGAGAAGUUUCGUUGGGGUUUUGAGGCGGCCAAAGGCCUUGACUACAUCAACUCCAUGGGGUACGUACAUCGGGACAUCGCUGCGCGCAACUGUUUGCUGACCGAAUCGACGACACUCAAGAUAGCUGAUUUUGGACUCACGCUCAAGACGAAGCAGGCCCAGAUGGAAAGCCUCGGGAAGGUUCCAGUCAAGUGGUUGGCUAAAGAGACGCUGGAGCUCGGCAUCUACAACGCCCACACAGACGUAUGGUCAUAUGGGGUCCUCUGUUGGGAAAUAUACAGCAACGGGAAGGAGCCAUAUCCGGGCAUGAGCAAUAUGCAGGCUAGAGCGCACAUUCUACUUCAUGGCUACCGAAUGCCGAUCCCUGAGGGUACACCUGAGAAGGUUGCUGAACUGAUCACCAGCUGUUGGAAUGGAAAUCCAUCUGAGAGGCCACACUUCAAGGAAAUUGUCGAGAUGCUACAAUAA